GCUGGGGCAUGAAAUCCAGUAAGACAGGCAGUUGGUCUGGGAGACACAGACCACGAGACCUCAUAGUGCUCAGUUACAGCAGCCUGCAACCUAACUCUGUGAGGGAAAACUCAGCCAGGACUGACUCUGCUGCCAAACAUCAGGAGUUUCUCCAACAAACCUGGAGAACAUGCUCUGUGUGACUCGUUCAAGCCAAUUUUUUGUAUCCGUUGAAAUCUUUUCAAUGUUGGUGAUUCAGCUUAUUGCAUAGUGACAUUUUGAUAUUUAGGCGAUCACACCGAAAGUUCUGCGAGAACAAUGGGUGGGAAGCAAUCUCGCAGUUUCUCCAGUAAGGACCUGAAUGAUUUGAGUGUAAGCCAAAAGAGGAAGAGCGCCGGAAAGGACGACAUGCCGAGCCUGUCCUCGGCUGCUGAGAGGAUCCGCAGACAUGCAACGGUACACUUUGGAUACAGCACCCUCAGUCUGGCCAUGCGGGGACUGAACGGGACCCCCGUUGAGCUUUGGGAGCUCAGAGAACUGCAAAAACUAAACUUGUCAAUGAACUCCCUUUGCUCUUUGCCCCCUGCCCUGGGAACUCUGGACAACCUGGUGGUCCUCAACUUGUGGGGAAACAACCUGUCGAGCCUACCGCCUGAGAUCGGCCUUCUCCAGAAGCUGCGGGUGCUCUUUGCCUGCCGGAACCGUUUGAGCGAGGUACCGGAGGAGCUCGGGUCCUGUGCUCGACUCGAGGUACUCAGCCUGGCUAACAACCAGAUCACGGGCCUUCCUGGCAGCUUGGCAACCAUGAACAGUCUGACCAAACUCAACCUCAGCCACAAUCGAAUCGUCCACAUCCCAACAUGUGUCUACAGCAUGAAGGGCCUGGUCUUUCUUCACCUGGCUUGUAACCGAUUGGAGACCAUUGCGGACCAAAUCCAGGACUUGGUAAACCUUAAGAUCCUUAUCGUGGAGGGGAACAGCAUUCACACAUUGCCUAAAACGCUGUGCUUCCUGGAGUCUUUAGAACUGCUCAAUGUUGACUUCAAUGACCUGCAAAAUGUGCCUGUGGAAAUGUACCUACUGAGCAAGCUUGGGAGAUUGGCAUGCCACCCGAUGGAUAAAGGACUACAUAUAAUCCACAAUCCCCUCCUGAAGCCCAUACAGGAGGUACUGCAAGGAGGACUCAGUGCCCUCUAUAACUACCUCAAGCCCACGUGAAAGACUACUACUGGGUGUUUGCAUCCAAAGCGCGGGUCAUUCUGGGAUGUUGGCACAAACCAGGCCCCUGGCACGUGUUAGUCAUGCUGCAAGUCCUUGCUGUUACCAGACACUGCUGGAUCAUAUUUAGAUCCCACCACUCAAGACAAAUGACCAUUAUGCAAUGUCUCUAUAAAUAAGUCCUGUUUUUCAUGUAAUGUAAAGGUUGGGUUAAAAAUAAACAAAAAGUAAGUGCUGUGUCAUGUCCAAGCAUUUGUUUAUGCACAACCUGACGAGGCGCUCAGCUCACGCAAAUAUUCACAGGUCUACAUUUGGCCGCUGAUUACGGGCUGGCGGGUCUCGUUGAUCCAUCUGUGGCAGUGAGGGGAGGGCACAAGUGUUCAUUCAGCCACAGACCUUCACCCCCUCUUUGUAGCAUUCAGGUCAAAGGAAUCAGCUGUGUAAAGUCAUUGGAAAGAACAGUUCAGGAGAGCUUAAGAUCUGCAAAUAAAUACAUAA